UGUUAGCAGCUUAGUUCGCCGUCAACCAUUGGUGUCAGCUGCUACGUUCGUCAGACGGUAAUGUGAAUCGUAGAAUAUCGCAUCGAUCACCGUACAAAAGAAAACGUAUCAAGAUGAGCGGAGGAAUGCCGGAGCUGGGCUCGAAGAUAAGUUUAAUAUCAAAGGCGGAUAUUCGUUAUGAGGGCCGUCUAUUUACCGUUGAUCCACAAGAAUGUACGAUAGCUCUUGCUAAUGUGCGUUCCUUUGGAACAGAAGACCGAGAAACUCAAUUACCUGUCGCCCCUCAAAAUCAAGUUUAUGAAUACAUUCUAUUUCGUGGCUCGGAUAUAAAAGAUAUCAGAGUUGUAAACAAUGUUAACUCUAUACCAAAUGAUCCAGCUAUCGUUCAGAUGACUGUGCAACCAUCUAUGGGACAGCAAUCAUAUCAACCACAACCAACUUAUGCUCAUCCGAUGAUGAGCCAAAUGGGUCCUAUGGGUGGUCAAUAUGGAACUCCAUAUGGUAUGACUAUGGGAGCUAUGGGACCAGUAAUGGGCAUGCCGACUACUGCCAGAGAUCCUCGUGGGCCACUGAAUAAACAGCCAAGUGAGUUGAGCUUGGGCCCUGCUGAACCCAAUGCCAUCUCUAUCCCAAACUCACUAUCGACGGCCAAUGUCGACCCAUUACCAAAAGACCAAUCUCUGGAAGAUGGUGUCCUUGAUCUUAUUAGCGGAGGAUCAAGAUCAACAACACCAACUUCUUCGUUGUUAACUAGAAAAAGUCCAACAAUAGAUCAAGGCAUACAAGUAGGACAACAGCAGCAGCAACCUCAACAGCAACAACAAAGUAGCAUGGGUAAACAUGUUGAAAAGCCGAACAUUAGAACCGUUCAACCACCAUGUCGUGAUCAUGAAGGACAUGUUGGUGGCAAAACAAGCAAUGGUAUGUCACAAUAUAACAAUAUGAAGAGAGAUGGCAUGAAACCUGAUGGUCAGAUGCAAGGACAAGGUGGACAUCCUGGAGGUGGUCGAGGAAAUCGUGGUGGUUGGAUGAAUCGUGGAAAUAUGCGAGGCCGAGGUAGAGGACGCGGUGGUUUUAGGGUCAAUCAGCCUGGUAAUACUGGAACAACUAAAUCCAAAAAUACACUUAAGUUCGAUAACGAUUAUGAUUUUGAGCAAGCUAAUACAGAAUUCGAGGAAUUAAGAUCUCAGUUGGCAAAAACAAAAAUUGAUGGUGGUAACGAUAAUGAAAAGAAAGAUGAUAGUGGCAAUGAAACCGGAGCAGGAGAAGGAGAACCUGAGGAAGAACCGGAAGUUGUUCAUUAUGAUAAAUCAAAGUCAUUCUUUGAUAACAUUAGCUGCGAGGCUGUUGAAAGAAGUAAAGGACGAUUCCAGCGUACGGAUUGGAGGACGGAGAGGAAAUUGAAUUCUGAGACUUUCGGCGUGGCUUCAACAAGACGCGGUGGCUUCCGCGGCCGUGGAUAUUACAAUCGUGGUAUGGGAGGAAUGUAUGGAAGAGGUGCUAAUAUGGGUGGAUCUGGUUUCCGUGGUGGAUAUAGAGGUAAUCGAGGCAUCAAUCGUAAGCCCGCCAAUCAACAACAAAAUAAUAAUCCUGGUAGUCAAGCUCGUACGACCAACGAACAGUCUACCACUCAGUCACAGCAGAAUAACCGUCUUGUAACUGGAACGGCGUAAAACAUGGAACAUGCCACACUACGAACAACGCGGCAUUAUGUAUAAGUAUUCUUCAGAUAUUAAGGCUUUUACAACAUAUGCUCUGCCCAUACGGACUGAAAAAAAAAAUGAUUUUGAAUAAAUCGGCAAUCGGAUAAUAAUUUGUAGAUUGUCGUAUAAAAGGGGAUUUUAGCGCAGAACAAUAUCGCGCGCAUGAGCGCAUGUGUGACUUAGUUGGCGCACAGAACUCUCACAUUCAGACUUUCUUUUGGUGUAGAAGAGACGUUUGAUCUACGAGGAAGAAAUAUAUUUUUGUUCUCUUUCUUCCUAGCUCGAGAUAAUGAUAACGAUCCAAACAUAAAAAUCUACGUAUACAUAUACAAUUAUAUGUUUGUGUCGGGAAUCGUUGAUGAUCAUUUACAUAAUCGAAUUUUCAUAUUGUUCGUGUGUAUUCUUGGAAGAAGAACGUUGCGCUUAUAAUUCGUUCUUUUCUCUAACAGAUAUCGGAGUGAAAAACAGGAUGUUAUAUUAGAACGUAAUCUUAUAAUAAGAUCUAUAUGAAAGAUACAAUGUAAAGCGCAGAUAAUAGUAGAUAGUAGUUCAUCGUGUAUCGGGAAGAAAUACUAAAUAUUAUAAGUUUGAGUUUGAAAAUUACUCGCUUAUGUAUUAUUAUUCAAAAUUUGAAUCUCGGUUUUUUUCUAAAGAACACUGUAUUUACGAUUAUUUCACGAUGUGACGUUUUGGACGUUGAAUAUUUUUCCUACACGCCUUGGUAUCGUAAUCAUUAUCAAACGUCUUUUCGUAUAUGUGUUUCAGUAGAUCGAGAUAGUUCGAUAAAGAUGUGGCAGAGAAGAAAAAAUGAUAAAAAAAAAAUAUACUGAUAAUUAUAUUUGCAUUAGUUAUAUAUAUAUAUAUAAACACCAAUAGGAUAUACUCAGUUUUUAAUGAUACCCCGAAAAAUAAAAGUUUUAAAACAAAAUCUUUUGGUAAAGAUUAGACGACACGUUUAAUCCCGAUUUAUGGAAUAUGUUUUUUUUUGUAUCCAUUUAACGGAUGACUAUCUUGUGAGAUGUACAAUUCUAAAUAAUAUGCACAUAUAUCUUCACUGUAUUUUUUCGAAGGGUAUUUUACAAAGAAACUAAGUAUAUCCUUUGGUACUUAUCAAUUGUAAAAGAAUGUCUGACGCUGUGAAUGGAGUUAUUACUAUAGCUACUAAAUUAUCGCGUGUUUUAUUCUUUUUUGAAUACGCAGACGAAAUUUCGAGAUAACAGACUAGAAGUUUCUACAACAGAAGAGAAAGGGAAGAUAAAAUAAACAAACAAACAAUAUUUAGUUUUAAGAGUGUGUGGAAAGUUCUUUCGAAGAUAUAGAAAUUACGAUAAUAUUGCGUGAUGAAAAUUGUUUAAAAUGCAAAUACCAUAUAAUCGAUAUUGUCCUAUAUACCAGAAUUGUCCAUCGAACGGAUUCGUAGAAAAGAAAAACCGUUAUCCUCUUGG